UUUUCUCUUGCUUAGUUAUUUAAGUAUCGAAAGAUACACUUCUCCGUACAAUAUCAUAUUUUGAUAUUGCGUAUUGCACAAUAUUUCUGUAUUUCUUAUCAUUAAAUUUCAUCUUUAUUUCAUUUUUCCUUUUGGAUCGGUUCUCUCCUAUUCAUUAUGCGCAGCCUUUUAAAGGCAUUUUUACUUGCGCCGGCAAUAGUGUCGGCGCUGGUUCUACCAUCAAGUUCAGAAAAAGAUGUUGAUGCCGAGUUUAAAAAGAAUGAUAUCAAUAGUGCUGGUAAAUUUAUAUGGAAUCUGCUUUAGUACCUUAGUAGAAUCUAACCAAUAUUAUAGAUACUUAUACGAUGGGAUUCGUUCGCCUCAAUAUUGGUCAUGGAUUCCAAUCAGCUGAUAUGUCUCCUCUAGACCUUCGAAUUGAUAUUUUGCAUUCCACAGACGCAUGCGGGUUUGGAAAUGUUACAAUUGAUGGUCAAGCUCUUUCUCAAACAUUCGAUCCAGAAACUUUGGCCUCAUCCGGAAAAGGUUCCGUUUCAACAUCGACGAAUAAAAUCAUAGUUGGAUCAUGGUCUUUCGAUUGCAUCAUUAUUGAUGGUAAACCACAUGGACAAUUUAUGAAGUUUAUGGUUGACUUUGUGGAGGGAAAAGCAUUUGAAAAUGUCGGGUUUUCUGUCCUCUUUCGACAAACGGAAAAGACUGAAAUUUUGAAUAUCGAAACUAUUCCUUCAAAAGAAGAUGAAUUUAUCGAACAUCAUUCACGACAAGGUCAAUCGUCCGAUAAGAAACAUCAUAACGGGAAGGGUUUUGAAGAGCAUGGCCACCAUAUGAGCCACAAGGAUUUCAACAUUCAUAAGGAAUUGGCCGAGCUUAGAUAUAUGAAAGCUCAAUUGGAAGAGUUGAAAUAUCUUAUCCACCAGAAGAAACGUCACAUCUCUAAGCACUUUCAAGAGAACCAUAAACUUGAUAGAAUCAGAGAUUGUGAUAGUCUUCGAUGCGUUGCUAGAGUUAUUAGCGAUAGGGCACGUAGAUUUUAUGAAAGAAUUGCUGGUUAUGGUCGUGGUGAGAAACACUUCCAUCAUUCUUUUAAGUCACAGUCGGAGAGGGGCACGAAACAUGGCAAGGAGUUUCAUGGAAAGUUAGGUAAUCAUAAUCACACAUCUGGGAAUCAUGAUUUUUCAGCGAAAUCUCACGGCAAUAAUAAUCAUACAGAUCCACACUUUCCUCAUCAUAACCGACAAAAUGUUCUUCCAGUUUGUCAUUAUCCUCCUCCUUUUGGUUUUCAUCCUCACGGUCGCCACCAUGAUAGACCACAUGGACGUCCGCAUGGGCCACCACAUGAAUUCAGUCAUCACAGAUUUGACCAUGAAAGACAAUCUGGAAUUCAUCAUUUCCAAGAUGAAGAGGGAGGAGGACAUUGGGAGGGACGUCCUAGAUAUCAUGGUGGGCAUUACGGACGACCAGAUGAAGAUGAUUCUGAGGAAGUAGACAGGCCGCACCGAGACCAUGAUGGCUCUUCACACAGACAAGAGGACUUUGAUAGCGAAACGGAAGGACGUCACAGAAAGCAUGCUAAACCAGGUCAUGGACAAGGACCACCAUCAUUUAAUGGACCAGAUUCCGAUCGAUUUCAAGGACAUCAUCAUGGUGAACCACCACGCGAGGGACCACUUGAUGGUCCUGAACAUGAGAGACCACAUCACCCACACGAGAGACCACUCAAUGGACCAGAACACGAUAGGCCACAGGACCUACAGGAUGAAGAACCCCACUACGGCCCACCCCAAGACGCUCCUCACCACAAAGAUUUUGAAAACCAGGGACCAGAAGUAGACAGACCACAGCAUGAAUCUCUAGAAGACCAACUAGCCUUCCAUGAACCACCUUCUCACGAUGAACCUCACCCAGGUCCCGGAUCCCGUUUCGACGGACCCCCACCUCCCAUAAUGGCAGAAAGUAACGAGAUCCCACCAGGCCCAGGCAGGCCACCCAAACCCCCCCAUUUCCCCCUCCACAUCCUCAAAUUGAUCCUCAUCGGAUUUCUCCUCUCCCUCUUAAUCAUUACACUCCACCGUCGCACCUGCAACCCAACCUCUCAUUCAGACAAUCAUGAAAAACAACACCGAAGACGUAACCUUACUUAUAGAUACACAUCCAAAUCCCAAUACGCCAGUUUCAAAUCCUGGUGGUUGCGUAUUACGGGGGGAGAAGAAUCCGAGGAGGGAGAUAGGGAAGCACUACUUGAGGAUUAUGAUUCGGAUGUUGAAUCUACAUUAACAUCAACAUCUACAGCUACUUCACCAUCAAAUAUUAGUAUUGCGGACAACACACCCAAUUUUCAGAAUCCGACACAAGUAGCACAAGAGAUGGUUGCUGUAGAGGAUUCCCAUUUGCUUUCUCCUAUCUCUUCCCGCAGUACGCCAAUUCCGCCGCAGGCGCAAGCACCGGAAUAUAUGAAUCCGAUAUCGCAUCUCAAUGGUUACACAAAUCAUAAUCAAAAUCAAACUCAGAUUCAAAACGAAGAUAUACUACCGCCAUAUGAAGGUCCUGAUCACAUUCAGAGUCACAGUUACAAUCACCAUUACGAUUACAGUUACGAUUAUGCUGGAAAUGAAGAAGAUACUUUAGUAGCAGAUGGCUUUCAAUAUACACCAGGAAGCAGCGCGUAUAAUCCGAGUGAGUCGGGGAGUGAUUUGAAUGAUGUUUUGGGGGAUAAAUCGUAGUUAUUUUUUUCUGGGGAAAGGGGAUAAAUUUGAUUUUGUUGGGGUUUUAAGGG